AUGGGGGUCACUGGUUUACUGCCGGCGCUCAAAUCCAUCCAAGAAGCCAGCCAUUUGGAGAAGUAUAGAGGCAAAACCCUCGCGAUUGACACGUACGCGUGGCUGCACAAGGCGAUCUACGGCUGUGCCAUGGAGAUUGUGCUCGAAAAGCCUACAAGAGCGUACCUGAAUUACAUGAGUAGACGACUCGACAUGUUGGCACAUUACGGCAUCACUCCAUACAUGGUUUUGGACGGAGACUACCUGCCAACAAAGGCAAACACGGAAAAGGAGCGCGAGGAGCGCAGAAGGGAGUACAAACGACUGGGUCUCGAGGCCCUACGCGCAAACAAACGUUCCGAGGCAUACAACCAUUUUAAUAAAGCGUGCGAUAUCACGCCGCAGAUCGCGAAAUCGGUGAUAGAGGAACUGAAAAGCAGAAAUAUCCAGUACGUGGUCGCCCCCUACGAAGCGGAUGCGCAGAUGGUGUAUCUGGAGAAACACGGUAUAGUGCAAGGAAUAAUCUCUGAGGACUCAGAUCUCCUAAUUUUUGGGUGCCAGAGACUUAUCACGAAAUUGGACGACUCUGGAUCCUGCAUAGAGGUGCGGAGGGACAAGUUCAAGGAGUGUUGGGAGUCUGCGAUUGGUCUGUUCUCCGAUGAGCAGCUGAAGCUGAUGGCCAUCGUCAGCGGAUGCGACUACACCAAAGGGAUCCCCAACGUCGGGAUGCAGCGUGCAAUCAACCUUGUGAGCCGGUACUCGACAAUCGGAAGGUUGCUGCAGGCAGUUCGCUACGAGGGGAAGUUGAAGGUCCCUGUCGAGUUUGAAACGGAGUAUUACCGUGCGAUCACUGCAUUCAAUCAUCAAGUUGUUUUCGACCCUCGAACACAGAAACCAGUGCAUUUGAACCCGUUGUCUCCGGAAGACGAUGUCCUGGAGGUUGAACGGUACGCAGGAAAAAUGCACCACGACGAACUUCACAGAAGGAUUGCCAUAGGCGAGCUGGACCCGAUAACGAAGCUUCCGCUGUCUGGCCGCGAAGCCUUUAGCGUACCGCCCAGCAUCGCUUCUAAAGAACAAGUCACCACAAAGACGCAGGCCAGAACAAUUGACGCCUUGCUCCAAGUCAAGAGCAAGCCUGUGGUGCGGUCUGCGUCGGAGCCAAUGGCCCGCAAGUCUGCCAUCAGAACCAUCGACCAUUUUAUGUCAGUCCAGUCGUCCACUGUGAAGCGGCGCAAACUGCUUUUUGGCUCGCAAGAUUCCGCAUCCGAAACCAGCACAUACUUCUCUCGAUCCACAGCAUCUGCACUCACAGAGGACACGCGGAGCGCGUUUAGCGAACAGGAUUCCAGCGACUACAACAUCACGGACCCAGACGAAGACGAGAAGCCGGUUCUCGCGGCGUAUGCCACACAGAAGCAAAGUACCCGCGUGCCGUUGCGGGAGGUGACGAACCAGGUGUCGCAAAAGCUGGGGGCCAAGAAUGUUGGAGGCCACAUUCUGGAUAGAAACUCGUUGAGCUCGUUUAAAUAUAACGGUAAAUAA